AUGAAAACAGUUUUAAGUGUCACCUACUUAAAAGUUAACUUAUGUUAUAGUGUAUUUGUGUACGAUGUAUUUUUCCACCUUAUUGUUUCUUUUUGCGUUCAAGGAGACAUCAAGGAUCUGUUCAACAUCAGACUGAAGCCCGGACAUGCUGCUGCUUUCGCCACCGACUGCGACCUGCCCUCCACGCAUGAGAUGGUGCGCAGCAUCGGCAUGCAGACAACCUACAUGGGCUUCCUGGACUACAGGAAACAGGAAGUCAAAGACCUGGCCAUCAACCCCAGAGACUGCUCCUUCAACCCCGGAGUGUUCGUCGCGGACAUCAGCGAGUGGAAGAAGCAAAAGAUCACCAAACAGCUGGAGAGAUGGAUGGAAGAGAAUUUCAGGCAGAACAUAUACAGCAGUGCCAUGGCGGGAGGUGUGGCGACCCCACCCAUGCUGAUCGUUUUUCAUGACAAGUUCACCACACUGGAUCCUCUGUGGCACGUCAGGCACCUCGGCUGGAGUCCGGAUGCCCGCUAUUCCGAGAGCUUCCUACAGGAGGCACAUCUGCUGCACUGGAAUGGCCCUUUCAAACCAUGGAAGUAUCCCGCUGUUCACUUGGACCUUUGGGAGAGGUGGUUUAUCCCUGACCCCUCCGGAAGAUUCACCUUGGUACGACCUGACAGUGAGAGCUGAGGUCUGUGGAACGUACCUUGUCUGAGCCACAGGGGUGCGGGGCAUGAUGCUUGUGAAGUUGACGGCUUCACUGCAGGGAGGUGAAGGGGUAAUAGGAAACAGACAGUGAAUGUAAUGCUGAGGAAUGCUCUUGAAAAUGAAAUUUGCUUGGUUCAACAUUGUAUGAGAAACAGUGUUAAUCAACUGGGUGCCCCUGUAUUGCUAAAGGCAAUGUGACUACUCUGGCUUUAAUGGAUAUCAGAUGCAGGAACGUGUUCAAAGUGAAUAGAUUUUUUGUCUGUGUCAGA